AUGCACCCGGCAUUCCAGAUAUUUUCUGUACGGAUCACCAUUUCUGAGCUGCAUUUUCGGAACACGUUGGGGGGCUCAGGUGUCGUUCUCCUAUUCGCCCACCAGCACCUCACCUCCACCGUAGCCGGCGGUUUCGGCGGCACGCCGCCCGCCGCAUACUUCCGCAACUACUACAACGACAGCAACGGAGACAAUUCCGCGCAUGCGGCGGAGGACGCGGCGGCGGAAAAAGGCGGUCUGGACGUGGCUCGUGGGGGGUGGAAUGGCGGGGGCGACGUGUUGCCAGGGCUGAUGGCGGCGCGUCACGUGGGGUACAACACGAGCGCGGGAGUGUCGGAGGGCAAGCUUAACGUGCACAUCGUGGCGCACUCGCACGACGAUAUGGGGUGGCUCUCGACCGUCGAUCACACAUUUACCACCGCCCUUUCACACCCCCUCCCUCUCCUUUCCCCCUUUUCCUCUUCCUCUCCCCUCUAUUCCCCCCCUUCCUUCCCCUCCCUUCUUCCUCGCCCCCUUCCCCGUUUCCCCCCCGGCGGGUGCCGCCUUCCCCUCCCCUGCGCACAGGCGGAGAAGGUGGCGAGCAUCAUAGACUCGGUGGUGGCGAACCUGGAGGUGAACCCACACCGCAAGUUCGUGCAGGUGGAACAGGGUUUCUUCUACCGCUGGUGGCAGCAGCAGUCGGACUACAUGCGCACACGAGUCAAGACCCUUGUCGCCAACAAUCAGCUCCUCUUCACCAACGGUGGGUGGGUGAUGCAUGACGAGGCGAGUGUGCAUUACACGGACAUGCUACACCAGAUGACGCUGGGACACCGCUUCCUCAAGCGAGAGUUCAACGCCGUGCCAACCGUCACCUGGCAGGUCGACCCCUUUGGCCACUCCGCUACACACGGCUACCUGCUCACUGCUCAGGCGGGCAUGGACGCGGUGUUUGUGGGGCGCGUGGACAUCAAGGAGGGGCGGCGCCGCAAGGACCAGCGCACCUCCGAGUUCCUCUGGCGCGCCUCCCAGACCUUUGGCCGCGAUGCUCAGGUGUUCACGGGCAUCCUAGACCGCUACACCUACUAUCCCCCAGAGCUCUUCAAGUGGGAGCCGGCAGAUGACCACUCACUGGGAGUCAAGGAUAACCUCUGGUCCUCAGAGACAAAUGUGAAGCAGCGAGUCAACGCAUUCGUCAACGAGGCCCUCCAGCAGGCGGCCAGUUACCGCACGGAUCACAUCAUGUGGACCAUGGGGGAGGACUUCUCACACGCGGAUGCACUGCCGUGGUUCUCCAACCUCGAUAAGCUCAUUCACUAUGUCAACCUCGACGGGAGAGUGAAUGCGCUCUACUCCUCCCCAGCCAUGUAUGUGGACGCCAAGCACCGUGCCAACGAGUCCUGGCCCACCAGAACAGGAGACAUGUUCCCCUACGAUGAGCACGAGGGGGCCUACUGGACGGGUUACUUCUCCAGCCGCCCUUCCUUCAAGUACAUGGCUCGCGUCUGCAGCUCCCUCCUCCUCGCAACCACAGCAGCGGAGACGUUGGUGGGGCGCGGGGUGCUGGAGCAGUGGGAUGAGCAGGAGGAGCGCUUGGAAACGCAGCGAGUGGAGGCAUGCGAGUCCCGCGAGGAGGAGUGCCCGGGGACGGAGGGGUGGCGGCGCGUGGUGCGGGGCGUGGCGUCAACCGCACCGCUGGAAGAUGCUGUGGCGAUUGCUCAGCACCAUGAUGCUAUCACUGGCACGGCGAAGCAGCAUGUGUCGAAUGACUACGCGCUGCGCCUGCAUGCUGGCGCUGUGGAGCCUGCGGCGGAGGGUCCUCCCCAGCUUUCCUACCCAGAGCGCCCGCAGAGCGGGGAGGCGGGUAUAAGAGUGGACCCGCAGUGGUUCCAGAGGCACCAGGCGUGGGAAGCAGCACGGGCGGAAGGGGAGCAGGGAGGAGGGGCGGGGGGAGAAGGCGCAGCAGGGGCAGGGGAGGCGUGGAGGAAGAGGGUGCCUAUGGAGGUGGUGCAGGAAGGGGAAGAGGGUGGGGUAAGGGACGGGGGAGGGGAAGGGGACGGGGGAGGAGGGGAAGGUAGUUUGGGCAAGCUGGGAAGGCGGCUGCUGGGGGUGGGGUGGCGGGGAGAUGCAGGAGUUGAGAUGGGUGAGGGAGGAGAGGGACGGCAGGGACGUACCUGGAAGGCGGAGGGGGAGGGGAUGGGUGAGCAUGUUGCCCUGCCUGCUGCUGCUGCUGCUGCUGCUGCUGCUGCUGCUGCUGCUGCUGCUGCUGCUGCUGCUGCUGCUGCUGCUGCUGCUGCUGCUGCUGCUGCUGCUGCUGCUGCUGCUGCUGCUGCUGCUGCUGCUGCUGCUGCUGCUGCUGCUGCUGCUGCUGCUGCUGCUGCUGCUGCUGCUGCUGCUGCUGCUGCUGCUGCUGCUGCUGCUGCUGCUGCUGCUGCUGCUGCUGCUGCUGCUGCUGCUGCUGCUGCUGCUGCUGCUGCUGCUGCUGCUGCUGCUGCUGCUGCUGCUGCUGCUGCUGCUGCUGCUGCUGCUGCUGCUGCUGCUGCUGCUGCUGCUGCUGCUGCUGCUGCUGCUGCUGCUGCUGCUGCUGCUGCUGCUGCUGCUGCUGCUGCUGCUGCUGCUGCUGCUGCUGCUGCUGCUGCUGCUGCUGCUGCUGCUGCUGCUGCUGCUGCUGCUGCUGCUGCUGCUGCUGCUGCUGCUGCUGCUGCUGCUGCUGCUGCUGCUGCUGCUGCUGCUGCUGCUGCUGCUGCUGCUGCUGCUGCUACUGCUGCUGCUUCUUCUCUGCGUACUUUGCCUGCGCCCCUCCCUUGCCGCGCAUGGUUGCGCCUGGGGUUAUAUUUCCCUUCUCCCCUGCUCCCCCCUUCUCCCCUUCUCCCCUGCUCACGCCUAUCUCCCCGUCUCAUCCACUUCUCCGCUUCCCUGUGCUCCAUACCCCCCCUCUCCCCCACCUGCCCCAUCCACCCCUUCCCCGUCCCAGUGCCCCCUGCUAAACAUUUCCUUCUGCCCGCCCUCUCAGCAGCUGCUGUCGCCCACCUCCACUCUGGAAAUGCAUCCCACUCCUGCUCCUGUCUCUCACCUCUCUGUCUCUCGCCUAUCUGUCUCUCACCUCUCUGUCUCUCGCCUAUCUGUCUCUCACCUCUCUGUCUCUCGCCUAUCUGUCUCUCACCUCUCUGUCUCUCGCCAAUCUGUCUCUCGCCUAUCUGUCUCUCGCCUAUCUGUCUCUCGCCUAUCUGUCUCUCGCCAAUCUGUCUCUCACCUCUCUCCUGUCUCUCUCUCGCCUAUCUGUCUCUCACCUGUUUCCCUUCCCCCCUUCUCUCUAUCCCCCGUCUUCAGGUCGUUGUGGCAUACAACCCACUCGCAUGGGUUCGCUCUGAGAUCAUCCGCUUCCCGGUGUCCUCCGCAGGGGUGGAGGUGCGGGAUGCGGCGGGGCGAGUGGUGGCGUCACAGAUAGUACCCGAGGGGCUGGUGCCGCCGCGCCUGCGCUCCGUGCACGUGCAGGCAAACACCGGCGCGCGCCUGCAGCCCACGGUGGGGCCCUUGUCGGAUGGCUCUGCCGCAGCGCCGCUGCUGAGCGUGGUGUUUGAGGCGCAGGUGCCGCCGCUGGGCUAUGCCACCUUCUUCCUCUCCCCCGCCCAGCCAGGUGCAGCAGGCAUGGCGAGCAACAGCAGUGAGUGGAACGACAACGUGCCGCUGCAGGGCGCUUCUGCUGCCGGUACCGCCACACCAGACGGCAGCGCAGCAGCACAGGGCAGUGCAGAGGAAGAGGGCAGCACAGCAGCACAGGGCAGCGGUGCAGAGGCACAGGAGGGAGAAGACAGCAUCGUUCUUGGAGGCCCGGCCCCAUCGCUUCCUGCUGCUUCUCGUGGGGCAGCAGGAGGAGGAGGGGGAGGGGGAGGGGAGGCGUGGGCGCGAGUGAGCUUCUCUAGAAGCGGCUAUGGGUUGGCGAAGAUGGAGCUCAUGCGAGGCGGCGAUGCUGCUGCUGCUGGGAGCUCUGCUGUGCAAGCAGAGGUGGAGCUGACAAGCAGUCUCAUGGCCUAUAGUAAAACCUUGAGUGGUGCGUAUCUCUUCCGCCCAUUGAAUCCAGCACUGAGAGUCGAUGCCAACAACGCUGAUGGGCAGGUGCCAGUGCGGGUGGUGAAGGGGCCGCUGGUUCACGAGUUCCAUCGCAAGGUGGCGCCUUCUGUCAAUGAGGUGUUCAGAGUGUAUCCGGGGAAGGACUAUGCCGAACUGCAUUACAUGGUGGGCAUGGAUGAGAGGGAUGCGGUGGGCAGGGAGUACAUCACUCGCUUUGACUCCACAAUCCGCUCCAACUCCACCUUCUACACCGAUUCUAACGGCCGAGACUACAUGACUCGUGUCCGCAACUACCCAUAUGACGCAACGGAACCAGUCUCACAUCCCAUCGCAGGCAAUUACUACCCGCUGACUAGCGGUGCGCACAUAGGGGACCCCAGCGUGCAGCUGUCAGUGCUGGUGGACCGUGCUCUGGGGGCCAGCAGCCUGGCCGAUGGACAGCUGGAGGUCAUGCUGCACAGGCGCCUGCAGAUGGACGACGGCAAGGGCGUGGCGGAGGUGCUCAAGGAGACCGUCUGCAUCAAUAACGGCCAGUGCGAACCCCUCGCUGUUGUUGGUUCCAUCCGCUUUGCGCUGCACCCGGGGAGGAGGAAAGUUCCCAUUGCUGCGGCUGCUGUUGCUGACGCUGCUGCUGCUGCUGCUGCUGCUGCUGCUGCUGCUUCUGCUGCUGCUGCCGGCGCUGAUGCUGGUGGUGGUGGUGCUGCUGCUGCGGCUGCUGCCGAUGCUGUCCCUAACACUGACGGCUCCCCUACAAUUGCCGCCCCGUCGGGUGGGGGGGGGAAGGAGGAGUGGCAGGGAGGGGAGGAGGCGGCACAGUGGAGAAGAGAGCACGCGCAGCGCCUGCUGACACCUCUACAGCUGGCCUUUGCAGUCGAGAACCCGGAGGCACUGGCAGCAGCAGCAGGGCGGCUGAGGUGGCGGUACUCCCUGAGUGGCGAGGGCGGGGAGGGCGACAUGCAGGCGGGGGGGCUGUACUCGCUGCCGCCCAACGUGGCGGUCAUCUCCAUGCAGGAGCUCUCCCGCAACCACCUGCUGCUGCGCCUCGCUCAUCUCUAUGAGGCCAAGGAGCAUCCCUCUCUAUCCACCAUGGCCUCUGUGCCCCUGCGACAGCUCUUUGCUUCCAGACAGAUCAUCUCUCUCACAGAGCUCAGCUUGACGGCCAAUCAGAAGAAGGCAGACAUGCGCCCGCCAAUGGUAUGGCGGGAGGAGACGACAGCAUCAACACAGGGUGCACCAGGGGAGGUGUCAUCUGAGAGGCCGGUGUAUGGGGGGAAGGUGGAUCCGCAGCAGCUGGUGGUGGAAUUGGGGCCAUUGGAGAUCCGCACUUUCGCACUCACCUUCAAGCCCUUUUCUACAUGA